AUGAAAGCAGUCAUUCUAAUUAUCGUCCUAGUGGCAGUUGUCCAAGCAACUAGUCUUAAAGACAUUCUUAAGGCUGAGUUUAACGCCUUCAAAUUGAAGCACCACAACAAAACCUACCAGGAUGCUAGUGAGGAGUUGAAGCGCCUUCAGAUAUUCGUGGAAAACAAGAAACUGAUCGACACUCACAACAAACGCUAUGUGGCCGGAGAGGAGUCUUACGAGAUGGGUGUGAAUAAAUUUUCUGAUAUGACUCCCGAGGAAUUCAAAACGCUUGUGCUCACAAACCUCAAUCCUGCUGACUCCCAGGAGGGAAUCGACUAUAUUUACAAUCCUUCUAGCUACGUUAACCUACCAAGUAGCGUUGAUUGGCGUGAUUGGGGCGCUGUUAACCCAGUUAAAAAUCAAGGAUCCUGUGCCUCCUGUUGGGCUUUCUCUGCAGUUGGCUCACUCGAAAGUCACCACUUUAUAACCUCAUACCAGAGAGUAUCCCUGUCCGAGCAAAAUUUGGUGGACUGCACAAGAGGUUAUCCCUAUUACAACCAAGGCUGUUCAGGCGGCUGGCCGAUUGAAGCAUUGAAUUAUGUUAGGGACAAUGGUGGUAUAAACACUGCCAGCUAUUAUCCGUAUGAAGGACAAGACAACACUUGCCGAUACAAUAAGAACAAUAUUGGAUCAAAAUCUCUGCUGUUAUACAAAUUGCUAGUGGAAAUGAAGCCGCAUUGGCAUCCGCCGUCGCCAAUAAGGGACCCAUCUCGGUGUGUGUCGACGCCUCCCUGUUCCAAUAUUACCAAAGUGGCGUCUUAA